AGUUGGAACGCUAUGCAAAUGAGUAUGGGGAGAACUCUUUUGAAGAAUCGUUGAUGUUGCUUCUUAUAAUAUCCUAGAAGCAUGCAAUAGGGCGUGUUAAAAGGAACUGUUGAAGAAUUGAAGAGGUCUUUUGACGAGAGCAAGCGUAUGACAACUUGGGAUAGCCUCAGAUGGUGCUGCGGCGCUAUCCCCUCUGCGUGCAGAACGAAAGCACUCCCCUUCGCCAGUGUGAUUCCUGCACCAAAGAUCCUCCUCUCCUCCGCCGUGUAGCUAGCGGCCGGGCGGACUGCGUUCAUGUGCGGGAGUGACUGUGUGGCCGUCUGAUAGCCUAUCUCCAAUGCUAGGAGCCGGCAGGAUGGAAGAAUUCGUAACCGAGGAAGAGGAGCCAUGGUACGACCAGCAGGAUCUGGAACAGGACCUGCACCUGGCUGCUGAGCUUGGGAAGACUCUGUUGGAGAGGAACAAGGAGCUGGAGGAUUCCCUUCAGCAGCUCUACAUCACCAACGAGGAGCAGGUGCAGGAGAUUGAGUACCUGUCCAAGCAGCUGGAUAUGCUGCGGGACAUGAAUGAGCAGCAUGCUAAGGUCUAUGAGCAGCUGGACGUCACGGCCAGGGAGCUGGAGAAGACCAAUCACAACCUGGUGCUGGAGAGCAAGGCCUCGCAGCAGAAGAUCGAGAGGUUGACCGGUACCAUUGAGCUGCUGCAGGGCCAGGUGGAGAGCCUGACGGCGCAGGUGGACGAGCUACGCUCCCUGGAGCAGCUGAGGGUCCGCCGGGAGAAACGGGAACGCCGGAAGACCAUCCACUCAUUCCCCUGCCUGCGGGAACUCUGCACUGCUCCCAGGUGAGAGGAGGUGCAGUCUGAUGGUGCUACUUCCCAGAUCCUCCACAGGGAGAUAGGUAUGGAGGAAAGUAGAG